UACCUGUUUUACUGUAAUUUCAGAUCAUGAUCGGUUACGGAUUCGGUCGGUUUAGGUCGGGUUUUCAAGUCGGGUCAGUUUUUGACACCUCUACCGACUACUGCUAGUGACAUUACAAAUGAAUGGGGAAGAAAUCCCAGAUUCCAAAAAUGAAAGAGGAACAACAUCAACAACAACAAUCACUAUUGCUCCACCCCAAUCCCAACAAUGGCGAUGUUCAUAUUGACGGAGGAAUCACAGGAGAAAUAUGGGAGGAACUUAAGAAAAUAUGGAAAAUUGCAGGGCCUUCUGUAUUUUGCCGUUUCGCCAUGUUUUCUCUUACUAUCAUCACUCAAUCUUUUGCCGGCCAUUUAAGUGACCUUGAUCUUGCUGCUUUCUCCAUUUCCACUACUUUUCUCAUCGCUGUUAGCUUUGGCUUCUUGCUAGGAAUGGCAACUGCACUGGAGACAUUAUGUGGACAAGCCUAUGGUGCUAGACAACACCAUAUGUUAGGCAUCUACUUGCAGAGGUCAUGUGUAGUUCUCUCUUUUUGUGCCAUUCUUUUGCUUCCUAUGUUCAUAUUUGCCACACCUCUGCUGAAGAUCCUUGGUCAAUCAGCCGAAGUGGCGGAACGAACCGGCUUAGUGGCGAGGUAUUUGAUUCCCAUGCACCUGAGUUUUAUAUUCCAGUUCUCAUUACAGAGAUUCUUGCAGAGCCAACUUAAAACGGCUAUCAUUGCUUGGUCUGCUGCUGUGGCUCUGGCAGUUCAUGCCAUUAUUAGCUGGCUUUUUAUUUAUAAGCUUGGUGUUGGUAUAGUCGGGGCAGCCCUUACCCUAGAUUUCUCCUGGUGGCUCUCAGUUUUUAUAAUGUAUGGCUAUGUUAUUUAUGGCGGAUGUCCUAAGACGUGGAAAGGUUUCUCAUUGCAAGCUUUUACUGAAUUGUGGGACUUCUUCAAGCUUUCCUUGGCUUCUGGUGUCAUGGUCUUGUUGGAGAAUGUCUAUUAUCGGUUGCUAGUUAUAGCGUCUGGGGAUGCUGGAAGCUCACAUGUUGCUGUUGAUGCUCUCUCGAUAUGUGUAACUCUGUACGGCUGGGAGUCCAUGGUUCCUCUCGGAAUACUUGCUGCCACUGGCGUGCGAGUAGCCAUUGAGUUGGGAGCAGGAAAUGUCAGUGGUGCCAAGUUUGCAGCUAAAGUUUGUAUGAUGACAUCUUUGGUCAUCGGUCUGAUAUUCUUCGCACUUGUCACAGCCAUUCCUGAUAGACUGGCAAUGAUUUUCACACCUAACUCAUCUGUGGUCUCUGUUGUCCGUGACCUUGCAUUUCUUCUUGGUUCCACCAUUUUCCUGAAUAGCAUCCCUCCAGUUUUUUUAGGCAUAGCAGUCGGAUCCGGUUGGCAAGCAUUAGCAGCAUAUAUAAAUAUUGGAAGCUAUUACUUGGUGGGUUUCCCUCUUGGGAUUUUUAUAGGACGGGUGCUAAACUUUGGAUACAUGGGAAUCUGGGCUGGAAUGCUAGGUGGGAGUGUGACACAGAUAUUUCUUCUUGCCAUCAUAGCCGUCAAACUUGAAUGGGGAAAGGAGGUUCAGAAAACUCGUGGAAAACACUUUUUGGUAAAUAAAGCUGUGGAUGACUAGACAUGUCGAUCUGCUCAAUGUUUUUUGUCAGCUUAAGAAGCAGGCACUAGGGUUCAGCCUAUACUUCUUUUUACUUACAAAGAGUUUAAGAAAACAUAUGUUGCUGUUAGGGUGAUGAAGUGGUUGCUGCACUCUCUUUGCUCCCCUGAUUCUUGUAGAAAUUACAAAUUAUACCUGUAAUAACUGUCAUUUCCUGCACAUUUUAUCCCUUUCUUAAAAAAUAAUAAUUUUUUAGGUCAAAUUUAUAGGAGUCUUUAGCUCAUUUGAGUAGUUACAUAUUAGUUGUGAGAAUAUUGUGACAUAUUAUGGGAUAAUUGUAAAAUUACAAACUCCGUACGUAUUAUUUCCUA